AUGACGCUCAUCCCGCUCUCGCUGCUGGGCGGCGCGGGCCGCGCUUCGGGACCGCAGAUCACGCACAGGGCUCCCGCCAAGCUGUUGCCUCUUUCUGUCGCGCGUUCAGAUGUGACCUGUGACGAAUGGUCCUUCUACCUGCUGCCGCUGGACGACGACAUCAUCAGCAUGGAGCUGCCCGAGUUCUUCCACGACUACUUCUUGGAAGGGGAUCACCGCUGGAUCAACUCUGUCGCCCGAGCGUUGCAGUUGCUCAGCUCCCUGUACGGGCCCUUCAGCAAGGCCUACGGCAUCGGCCGCUGCGCCAAGGGACCCUACGAGCUGUGGCGGGAGCUGGAGGAGGAGAGCGACAGUGACGGGCAGGGCAGGAAGCCCGAGAUCGGCCAGAUCUUCCUCAUGGACAGAGGCAGGGCCGCGGGGCGGCGGGAGCAGGGGACGGACCCGGGAGCCGCGGGGCCAGGCGGUGCCAGGAGCUCUGCAGAGCAGCCCCUGGGGUGCAGGGUGUCCCCCGUGGAGAGCCUGCGCCUCAUGUGCCUGCUGUCCCUCACGGAGAGCGGUCUCGUCCCCAAGGACUAUCGCUCCCUGAAGAGCCAGUACCUGCAGAGCUACGGCCCCGAGCACCUCCUCACCUUCCACAACCUCAAGCGCGCGGGGCUGCUCACGGAGCAGAGCCCCGGGGAGACGCUCACGGCCGUGGAGAGCAGAGUCAGCAAGCUGGUGACGGACCGCGCCGCAGGAAAAAUCACCGAUGCGUUUAAUUCUUUGGCCAGGAAGAGCAAUUUUCGAGGCAUCAGCAAGAAGCUGGGGUUGGUAGGUGCCGAGGCUGCUGCUCUGUCCUCAUUUCUGCUGCUGGCAGAGGGCCCUGGCUGGGGCCCCGCCGCCGAUGCCGCCGCGUCCCGUGCCCGCAGCGAGGCGCUGGCGUCCGAGUGCGUGCUGUGCCUGACCCGCGCCCUGGAGAUGCUGCGCGACAUCUGGGAGGAGAUCGGCAUCCUGGAGGAGCAGCGCUUGGAGCGCACCAACGCGGUCAGGAUGCACUUGCAGGGCCUCCUGGAGCAGAUGAUCAAGGAGGAGGAGGAGCUGAAGGAGCGGCUCCUGAAUAGCAUUGCCACGCACCGAAAGGCCGCCGACACCCUCUGCCGGGAGCUCCAGCUGGAGCCCAUCCAGGUGGAGGAGGAGAGCACCCUCCUGCAGCUGGAGAAGUGUCUGCGUACCCGCGCGGAAGCUCUGCUCGAGGAGAUGGAGGACAGGAAGCGGGAGUUGAAUGCCCUGCAAGAACAAGACCAAGACUUGUGCAGAACUCUCUGCACGACUCCAUUCUGCAUCGACAGCAAUGCCGUGCCCAGCCUGGAGAAGCUGGAGUGCUACAGGAACCACUUGGCCUCUCUGGCUGCUGAGAAGGAGCGAAGACAAGAAGUGUUUGUCAGCAUCAAGCGCCAGAUCAUCCUGUGCAUGGAAGAGCUGGACCACACUCCAAACAGCAGCUUUGAGCAGGAUGUGGUGUGCAAGGACGAAGCUGAUUUCUGUCUGUCCACAGAGAACCUUGCUGCCCUUCAGGACCUGCUGCAGCAGCUGGAAGGCCAAAGAUCCCUGAACGAAGCCCUGUGCGUGGAUCUGCGCUCCAGGAUCAUGCUGCUGUGGGAAAGGCUGCAGGUUCCUGCAGAGGAGAGAGAAGCUUCUGCAGUGCACAUGACCGGAUCGAGAGCCAAAACCAGGAGAGCCCUGCAGCUGGAAGUGGAUCGUCUAGAGGAGCUGAAGCUGCAGAACCUGAAGGAGGUGAUUCAGGCAACCAGAGCAGAGCUGGUUGACUGCUGGGACAAAUGUUUCUAUAGCCAGGAGCAGCGAGACGCCUUCAGGCCCUACUAUGAAGAGGACUACACGGAGACCCUGCUCCAGCUCCACGACGCCGAGGUGGGCAGGGUGAAGCGUUACUACGAGACGCACAAGGAUCUCUUUGAAGCUGCCCAAAAAUGGGAGGAGAACUGGCAGCGGUUUCUGGAGCUGGAGAGGAAAACCACCGACCCCAGCCGCUUUGCCAACCGUGGAGGGGCACUGCUGAAAGAGGAGAAGCAGCGGGCGAAGCUGCAGAAGACUCUUGCCAAGCUGCAGGAGGAGCUGGAGAGCAGGGUCCAAGCCUACGAGCAGGAGCGUGGGGAGGCCUUCCUGGUGAAGGGGCAGCAGUUCACGGAGUACGUGGCAGAGCAGUGGCAGUGCUACCACCUGGAGAAAGAGAAGGAGAAGCAGGAGAGGCACCUCAAGAAAAGCCGCCAGACUGAGACGGAGAUGCUGUACGGGAGCACCCCGCGGACACCCAUCAAGCGUCGGCUACUUGGCCCCCACCCAUCUGGCAAAGUAAGGAAGGUAAAUUGUACAACCAUCGCCGGCCCUGCCCCCAACAGCACGGGCCGCUCCGUUCUGGGGAGGACGCUCUACCGCUCGCCCCCGUCCUGGCUGCCGCCGUCUGCAGGGAAGGCUGCUCGGACCCCCAGCCGCGUGACCACAAAACCUCCUCGGCCAGGGCACAAGGAGCAGAACAAGGAGAACGUUCCGGGGAAGAACACAACCGCCCUGAGCGGUGGGUCCACCCCCAAAGCCCCUGCCCAGAAAACCACCAGCAUUAAUUCUGUUGCCAGCACCUAUUCCGAAUUUGCGCGUGAACUUUCCAAGGCUUCCCGGUGUGACACCAGCUCCCGCAUCCUGAACUCCACCACUACCAACACCUACUGCCCGUAG